AUGCUUAUUGAAGCUGAUAAAUGCCAGGACGAGACAGUGAUGGUUGACGCCAUUUGCGGCAGUGGCUUUACCGCCUACAAUGCCGUUACCGGAGAACAGACUGAGCACAUAGUACCAGAAGGUCUGUCCUCACGCGGCGGCAAGACCAUAGGUAUAGCUCGAGGAGAGAUGCGUAAGGUGUUUGCAGAGGGCUGUGAAGACCAUAUCGAAUGGUCUAAGCGUGUUACUGGGUAUGAACUGACUGAUGAUGGCGUGAGGGCAAUAUUCUCUGAUGGCUCGAAGUCGGUCGAAGGUUCGAUGCUUGUCGGUGGCGAAGGAAUCUACUCCAAGGUUGCAAAGCAACUCUCGGGAGGGAAGCUGAAGGUCUAUGACACGGGAGCCCGUGGCAUUCACGGCCAAGCCCCAACAACAGCUUUCAAAGGACUCGGCGAAGGAGUCUUUAGGCUGCGAGAUGACACACGGCCCGACGGUGCCAUCUUCAUAAUCACAAAUGUUCGCGCUGGUGAUAUGGACGACCCGAAUGUCAAUUUUGGAUGGACCAUGGGUGGCCAGCCAGGGGUCAUCCGUGCACCCAAUGAUGACUACUCCAUUGUGGGCAAAAAGGCUGCGGAUCUAGCCAAGUCACUCACGAAAGACUGGCAUCCUCGCUUCAAGCCCCUCUUCGACGAGAUGAAUGAGUCGGAAGCCGCGUUUUGGAAAAUUACCUGUUCUACGCCGAGUGGUGUUCCCGAAUGGCCUAAUGAGCCUCGCGUCACGGUCCUUGGAGAUGCCGCGCAUUCAAUGACUCCUGCUGGAGGCAUUGGAGCCAACACUGCCGUACAAGAUUCAGCUCUUCUUGGUAGAUUGCUCCGCGAAGCUGGUGGUUAUAAGCCUGGCGUCACUGCUGCCUACGAGAAGGAAAUGAGGAUAUAUGGCAGUGCGGCUGUCCAUCAGAGUUACACCAUGGCCACCGCCCAAUUUGGUGUUACUAUUGAUGAAGAAAACGGCCCUACAGUGUGA